AUGGCGGCUCGGCGUCUCAUCAAAGGUCUCACCUCGCCCUGGUCACUCGGCUUCUCUGGCUUUGGGCUCGCGUAUGGAGCUUAUCACAUAUGGGAUGCUACACAAUCUGGUGCUAAAUAUGAUCUGAAUGAAAACCUCGAAGGAAAGACGUAUAUCGUUACUGGAGCAACGUCUGGAAUAGGACAAGCCACUGUUGAAGAACUCGCCAAACGAAAUGCCAGGGUAAUUAUGGCAUGUAGGAAUCGUGAAAAAUGCGUUCAAGUAAGAAGAGAUAUCGUUUUGAAUACGCGAAAUAAGCAGGUUUACUGUAGACAGUGCGACUUAGAGGAUUUCGACAACAUUCGAGCUUUCGUUCAAAAAUUAAGCAAAGGCAAGUUUGAAUUGGAUAGAAUCGAUGGACUUGUACACAAUGCAGCAAUGAUGGAUGCUGAGAGGAAAGUCAAUAAGGUAAGACAUUAA